UAAGCGAAUGAGUCUGGAGUGGAAACUGGUAUGGUUCAUUCUGACGGAUUCUCUGUUUACUAGCGUGGCAUAUGUUUGUGCAAGGUUAUCAUCCGAAUACAUGCCAGAAUUAUACUGUUUUUGCCAUCUUUGUAGGGGACUAAGGCGUCAGUGUCUGGAAUUGUGAGUAAGUGCUGUAGUGAGUGGUAGAAUCGUGUCAGGCAUGGGUUUCCGUAAGAAGAACAAGAGCCCACCGGUACUGAGCCACGAGUUCGUGAUCCAGAAUCACGCAGAUAUGGUGUCGUGUGUGGCUAUGAUCAUUCUACUGGGACUGAUGUUCGAGGUAACUGCGAAGUUUGCCAUAAUGUUCAUCACAGUCCAGUACAAUGUGAAUAACACAUUGGACGAAAGGCCAGAACCAGGGAAUUUCUACCAAUAUGGAGCGAAAGAUAUGGCGACUGUUUUCUUCUAUAUGCUGAUCGCUAUAAUACUGCAUGCUUUGAUUCAGGAAUACAUCCUCGACAAAAUGAAUCGACGGCUGCAUCUGUCUAAAACGAAGCACAGCAAAUUCAAUGAGUCCGGCCAGCUUGUUGCUUUCUACUUCUUUUCCUUCAUCUGGGGCGGUAGCAUCUUGACUGGGGAGGACUUUGCAACAAAUCCGACGUUUUUAUGGGAAGGAUAUCCACAUAACCAUAUGGUCUUUCAAGUGAAAUUCUUCUACAUAUGUCAGAUCGCAUACUGGCUUCACACUCUGCCAGAACUGUACUUUCAAAAAGUGCGAAAGGAGGAUAUCCCACGUCAGCUGUACUACAUUUCCCUUUACGUUUUCCACAUCACUGGUGCCUAUGUUUUAAAUCUUCACCGCCUGGGACUGGUCUUGCUGGUGCCACACUACUUGGUGGAGCUGCUCUUCCACGCUUCCCGGCUCUUCUACUUCAGUGACGAGAACAAGCAAAAAGGGUUCACUCUGUGGGCGCUGCUCUUCGUCAUCGCCCGUCUUCUCACCCUCACGCUCUCUGUCCUCACGUUUGGCUUCGGUUUGUCCCGCAUGGAAAACCAGGGUUUCUCUAUAGCAGAUGGGAACUUCAACAUCCUCACCAUCAGGAUCAGCUGCCUGGCUGCCAUUUGUCUGACACAGGCCUGGAUGAUGUGGAAGUUCAUUAAUUUCCAGCUGAAGAAGUGGAGGGAACACAGUCAGAUCCAAGCCACCAAAAGGAAACCCAUCAGCCCGAAAAGCAGGCUCUCGAAAAAAGACUCGGCCAGAGGAAAUGCAUCCAAUGGGGUGAUUAAGUCCGAGGACAGGACGUCACCGCGUGCAAGAAAAGCAAAGGCCUUGUAGGGUGUGCUGAAGAAGGGCCACUGGUUUCUCUCGUUACUUUUCCAGUGGCCCACUGUCGCUUCUCUCAUAAAAUGUCAUCACUGUCUUGGGUCCCAAAAACAAACUUUUGACCACAUUAAGUCGUCACGUCCGUGUCUUUGCAGUUACACCUCCUUCCCAUCCCAACCUGCAAGGGGAAAAAAAUCAGUUUUGGUAUUUACUUUUAAAGUUUGUUUUACUCGAUGGUCCUUUUUAGUUUAAGACUUUCUGGGUUGCAGGCUGGCUGGAGAUGACUUUGAUAGCUUGAGGGCAGAAACCCUUAGAGUGGCAGGUGGUAAGCACCGGGUGAAAUGCGAUUGGGUUGUUGUUGGGGCUGUGCUGAAAACCCAAGUAAAGCCAUUUGUACUUUUUUUACCAAAACACUGUGUGGUAAUCGCCAUACGCUUCUAGGACAGCAGAACUUGCUGCUCACACAUUCGAUUGGGAAAUGUUUUUUAGCCUGUGAUUUAUUCCACUGCGGAAAUCUGACUCGCGUUGAGUUUACGUUGCAAACUGGGGUGGCUACAGUCAUGGGUUGUGCGAGAUGCAGGUGGCAAAGAGAGGCGCUGCGUGUGCUGGUCUGGAAUGGGGUUGCUCCAGCUGACACCAAUGUGGGUGGCCGGGGCGAAGCUCACUUCCCCAGUGAUGACGGGCUCGGCGGAGUGCCUCAGUUAGGCCCUCCGGAGGGUGACUCAGCAUUUACCCUCCUGAGCAACAAAAAAGUAAAGUGCAAAGAUGCUCUGAAAGGGAGGAAAACCAAGAUCAAGAUGUUUUUUUCUGUAAGACUUAUAUUACAUCUUAUAUUAUUAUGGGAAAUCACAGUUUAACUUGACAGAGCUAAAAAGGAAUAUGAGUCAUGUACAAUUGUCUCAAAACCAGAAUAUCAAUUGCAGUUUAAGCCUAGUUUAGCUAUUGUCUCUGAACUUGAUAAGAAAAAGCUGAACGUAUAGCUGACUCACUUGAGCAGCAUUUAAUUAGAAAAUGUCAUUGUAAGAAACAGUGAACGAGACUGAUGACUUAUCAACAUAAAAUUUUAAUCAGGGGCACUGUAAUUAUAUUCAGAGCUGAAAACGCUUUAUUCAGAUAUCUGCCCUUAUGUAGAUCCUCACUGUCCUGAAGUACAGCAAAAAGAGCCAUUCAUUAUGUGCCAUAACCUCAUACUCUGCAGGACUGGCGUUGGCAGUAAGAGGAGUCAUGAAAUGCAUAAAAUAUAUCCAGAUUUAGUACAAAUUGACCUUCUCUUUGGCCAUGUUUUUUGUGAUUUGAAGAAGUAUCCGACAUGAAUUAAUUGUCUGUCAGGCAUCUACGCAACAAACCUGCUUGUAAACUCCAUUACUAACCUGCCUUUAAGCCAACCACGCUACUAAUUUAUUUAUAAACCAUCUUUGUUGUUAACCUGCUUUUAAGCCAUUUGUGCUACUAACAUGCUGAAAAACAGCAUAACUGAUCUACCAUUAACCUUUAAUCCAGUCUGCUAUCUCUUAUCUCACCUGUAAAACCAUCUGUGGCAUCACUGACCUGUCCCUUAGCUGUCUUUUCCUUACUUGGCUAUAAGCUGUCCACAUCACUGACCUGUCCCUUAGCUGUCUUUCCCUUACUUGGCUAUAAGCUGUCCACAUCACUGACCUGUCCCUUAUCUAUCUUUUCCUUACUUGGCUAUAAGCUGUCCAUAUCACUGACCUGUCCCUUAGCUGUCUUUCCCUUACUUGGCUAUAAGCUGUCCACAUCACUGACCUGUCCCUUAGUUGUCUUUCCCUUACUUGGCUAUAAGCUGUCCACAUCACUGACCUGUCCCUUAGCUGUGUUACUUAUUUGGCUAUAAGCUGUCCACAUCACUGACCUGUCCCUUAGCUCUGUUACUUGGCUAUAAGCUGUCCACAUCACUGACCUGUCCCUUAGCUCUGUUACUUACUUGGCUAUAAGUUGUCCACAUCACUGACCUGUCGCUUAGCUUUCUGUGAGGCAGAUGUACCUGGAAGUAGUUUGUCAUGCAGUUUGAUAGCCCCAGGGAGCCAUAUUUAGACGUAUCUCUGUGUACAACGUCCUGCUUAUUAGCCUGUCUGUCAGGUAGCUGUGUUAGCAGCCAGUCUGUCACUGACGUGUUGAGUGAGAUGCCUGACAGGCCCUUCAGUUAAUAGCCUGCUUCCAAGGCAGACACAGUCAGCUCUUUGUCCACGGCUCAUCAGGCUUGGAGACCCCAGUGUAGUUCUCUGUAAGCUUGCGGGAGCUGGUGUUUACUAAUUUUUCUUUUAAUUGAUUGAUGAUGAACCUGUUGGCUGCCGAACCGUUUUGGGUUUAAAUUACGGCUGAAACAGAAUCCGUCUGUCCUAUGCAUCUGACGUGCAUACAUGGUCUUCAACAUAUUGCGUGGGUCUGCUUUGCUUACUCUGGUUUCCUUCAGCAGUCCAAAGACAUGCAGUUAGGCGCAUGGUCGCUUCUAAAUUACCCAUAGGGGGUAUGUCUGUAUGUCCUAUGACGGACUGGCAUCCCAGCCAAGGGUCACCCCUAACCUGUGCCCUGUGUUAUUUGGCAUAGGCUCCAAGGCCCCUUCCUGUAACCCUGUACCUGGUAAGUGAUUGGAAGAAGGAUGUUUGGUAAUACUGCAAGCUUGACCACAGUUCACACCUUGCUUUUAGCAAGCAAGCUCACUCCAUCUUUUUCCUUAAUGUUAGCCUGCCUGGGGGGGUUGGAAACUAGUUGACCUUCAAUCCCCAGAGGUUUUUUUUUUCUCCCUACUUGGGAUUUUUUUGGUUCCUCUCCUCCGUUGUCAUCUGGCUUUCUUUCUUUCACUUCUUUGUCUUUCCUUUUCCCCGUUUUUGUGUUAUUCUGUAUAAAUUAUGCAGGAAUCCACACCCAUGUAAAACGCCUUUGUGACUCUGUUGUGAAAGGUGCUAUACAAAAAUGAAUUGAACUGAAUACUGGAAAACUGCACAAACCGAAACUUCUAGUGUUUAACUUUGUCUCGUAUCACUUUAGCUAGUUGUUCAGAACAUCUUUGCACUUUACGUCGGGCUGACUGUGAGUUUCAAUAGCUUGAAAUUGAAAGUUGUCUUUUGCCAAACAUCGCUGAGGGAAUGAAGGUCCCUUGAAAUUCUCGUUGAUAGUAUAGAUCUGUCCUGAGCAUAAGUGGCUUUCCUUGGAAUCAUUUCCAUUGUGGGAUAUGUCCUAAGGCACGGAGUGAAAUGCUUUACACCUGACUGAUAGUGCUGCCAUUGGAUAUGUCUGUAUAGCCUCCUGUGCUUGCUGUGGUUCCCAGUAUGCAGUAGGGGGGGCAGGCAUUGUGCAGAUGAGGAAGCUGAUCUCAGACGUGUAUUUGGUUGAAGAGAAUAUGGUUGGUGAAACAUUUAGUGGCCUUUUUGCUUCUACUGAAGGAUUUUUCUACUCCCUUAAUUUUUUUAUAGCGCUUUGUAAUCUUAGCCUGGACAGGGCUACAGUACAAAGCAGUUUUAUGCAUGUGAUCCAAAACUACACAAUUUUUCCAAGUGUCCUUAUUCAGAAAAUUGUAUGACAUUAAUUCCAGGUGGAUGAUUGGCACUGCGGAGAGAAACAUGACCCCUAUGCAUCUAACUCUGAUUCCAUCCUGAAAGACACAGAAAGGCUCUAUGUGUGUGAGCACCUGUGUGUGUGUGUGUGGGGGGAGCUGUGUCCUUUGUAUUAUGCUGGUGAACUACGUUCACAGCAUCUUGCAUGUUAGUCACAUCAAUGGGAGUGAAACGCGGAGGACCGAAAUCUGUUUCUCUUUCGAUUUAGUGAAGUGCAAAUGUAGCAAAGCUGUGUUUCAGUAUUCAUUUGUUUAGCAAAUGCAAUCUUGGUUUCUACUUUUCCUCUCUGAGGUAACAAAUGUAUCUUGAGGCGUACCAGACGAUGGUGACCGCGAUGCAGUGGGAGGUAGCUGGCGUGCUGAGGUGCUUUUACGGCAGUCAUGCCUUGCCUGUGAUUUUGAUGUUUCCAUAUGUAGACUUCUAUGAUUCUCCUAUGAGAAGUUUCAGACCCAUUACAGCUUGAUUUUGAAAUGACAAAUAUGAUUACUUUUGAUCAGAAUUACUGUGGGUUUGGAUUCAGAGCGUUACGGUAGAGUACUUUUCUUAUUUGUGAAUGUUAAGACGGUGUUUGGACCUGGGUGGUAAUUCUCUAGUACCACAGCUUGAGAAGUGUGACCCAUUUAAUCUGUGCUUUGAUUCCAGUGAACGUCCUACUUCCAAAGCUGAGGAGCAUAGCUCAGUCUCAUGGUGUCAUCUCAGGAGGGAAGAAUCAUUUCCAGCCUGUUACUUUCUGAGGCAUAAGGAGAAAAUGGUUGUGCAUAUUAAUAUAGUACAUUGAUAAAAUGUUUUUGGAUAAAAAAAAAUAUUUUUUAUAGAGUUACGUAGAAUGCCCAACAUUCUUUUUUUGUAUUUUUUAUUUUUAAAGCAAAAACUUACCAUUCAUCAUGUUUGUCCACCAUUCAAAGCUAAAAAUUAAACAAUGUAAAUAUAAAGUGGGAUCCUAGUUAUCUUUUGAUAGCUUAAUGUGAUAUGGUUGAGACACAAUAGCUUGAUCCUGCCUGUAAGUUGAGAUGCUCUGGUUUAAAUGAUGAUUGACAAAACUAUAUACAAUGGCUUGCAGCAAAAAGCUGAACUGAGAUUUAUUUUCUGUUUUACUUAAAUAGAUCAAUGCUUGAGAUUAAUGCCAGCCAGCUGCAUUGACGGCGAUCAGCAUUCACUGUUCUGCAUUUACAGCACGGUUUGUGGACGUUCGGCUUGGAAAAAAUGAAUCGGGACGUCCAUUCUCUCGGUAUCGCACAGACUUUUUUGUAACAAGGUGUCUUGAAUUUCGCAGGUUAUCCCAUGAAAUAAGUUUACCGGGAACAGAACGGUGUUGUCUCACACCUCAAGGGUGAGGCUAGAGUUCCUGCCUCCACGUUGUUUGCGUGAAGUUUGCAUUUUCUCCCUGUGUUGAGUGCGUCUUCUACAAGUACUCCCCCCCCCCCCCCCCCCCCCCGUAAAGUCAAAAGACAUGCAAGUUAAUUGGCAUCUUUAAAUUGGCCGUAAUGUGUGAUCGUGUGUAAAUUAUAUCUGCCUGUGAUGGACUGGCAUCCCUAAGUCAUACCCCCAGCCUUGUGUCUUAUCCUGUCUGAGAAUACCUCCGUGAAUCCAUCCUAGUUAAAGAGUUGAAAUAUGAAUGAAAACGUUUUAUCAGGCUUGUGGUGAACAUAAGGCACUCUGUGGUGAACAUAAGGCACUCUGUGGUGAACAUAAGGCACUCUGUGGUGAACAUAAGGCACUCUGUGCUUAUCCUUCCUCACUAAAUGGAUGCCUUCAGAUUUACUAAUCUGCCAAUCAAAACAAAUGAACAUGCACCAAAGUUUGUAACAGUUUUUUGCAGGCAUAUUGGAAUCAGUUUGUUUUCCCUUCACUGUGAUAUUUUGAAUUCUCUCUUGUGUCUUUUGUUGUUUGCUUAGAUGUACUGAUGUAUUGCUUUUUAUCAGAAGGUGUCCGCACUGAUGUAUGCCGGAUGUAUUUAAGAACAUUUUUUGUGUUUUUUUUUCUCCUUUAAAUAAAUGCACUGUUACUUAAUCACUACAUUGUGCUGUGUAAAGCACAGAAAUUGGCUGUGAUGGCUUGGCGCCUCAUCUGGUGAAAUUCCUGCGUUUGUUUUCUGGCUCAGGGAGGGAGGGAGGGUCUGGGUGGCACAGCAGCCUGGUGGGUAGCACUGUUGCCUUACAUCUCCAUGGUUGACGGUUCAAAUCCAAAUCUUCCUCCUGCCCUGGAGUGUGCAUGUUCUCCACCCUUUCAGUUGCUAUUCCCGCAGUCAGAAGACAUGCAGUUAAGCUAAUUGCUGGUCUGAGCGUGCAUGUGCCAGGAAUGACCUGGUAUCCUGUCCAGGGUGUGUCCAUUGCGGCCUGAGAUGGCCUCUAAGCUCCCUGCAGUGCUGACCAGGGGCUAGAAAACGGAUGAAACAGAGGAAAAUACUGUUUUAUAAGCAGCAAAAUCUUAUGGUAAUAUGUAUUAGGUAAUAUGUAAUUAUGCAGAGACAUGGUUUUAAGGUUGUGUGUCUGUGGGGGGGGGGGCUUCGGUGUUUUCCAGUUUGCUUUAGUGCAAAGGUAUGUCAGUGGAUUGUGUCUAUACUGGAGAGGGAUAUGCGGCUUAGUGGGUUAGGUGGUUGUGCUUGUGAUCAGAGGGUCCCCAGUGCAAAUCCCACCAUCAGCAGACUGGCUUCACCUUUACAGCCCUUGAGCAAGGCCCUUAACCCCCAACUGCCCCCAGGACUGUCCAACCCCUCCUUGUGUGUCACCUUGAAUAGAAACAUCUGCCAAAUAAAAUGUAAAUUGUCCAUUGUCUGUGUCUUGCAGUGAACUUGCAGUGUGUGAGGUUAGCUCCAGGCUCAGUGUGGCUCACUACUGUAUAAGCAAUUAUGGAAAAAGGACAGCUGGAUAGAAAAUAUAUCAACUUAGUGGGUGGGAAGCACAUGAGCAGUACUGUCAUUUCUGUUGUCCUCUUGGACUGGAAGGUUCUCCACUAGAGGGAGCUGUGGCUCUUCUAUUGAAAUAUGACAGCUAAGCUUUGCGGAGAAAAACCGCAUGCAGUCGCUGCAUUAAUAAAUCACAACGCAUUACCCAGGAAGAGCAUUUUUGUGCAGUAAUACUCAGUCUGCAGGGUGAGAGAGACAGAAGGGAGCUACACACAGGGAAUUAUUUGUCACUGGGUACUUCUGGAAAUUAGAAAACAACUGUCUUGGAACCUAUUGCAAGAAUAAUUGCAAAAAAAAAUGCAUGCUGCAGUAUUUGAUGGAAGUGAACAUAUUAAUAGAUUUUCCCCCUAGGUGAGAAGAAGGAGAAGUGUGCCCUCCUUAAACCUGCCGCUUGCUUUGUUCGCUCACAUCUAUCUUUAAGGCAUUUGUUAAUCCAUAAGCCUCGGCACGGGCUGCCUGCAGACAAACCCCAUGUCACCCGCAUCACGCCUGCCAUGUCUACCUGAUGAGUCUCCGGCCAGUAUUUUUGAAGUACCUCACCUCACUACCCAGGCUCCCCUGCUGCUCCCCGUUUGCCACAGCUGAUGGUGUACUUUAAAAAUAAUUCCUUUGUUUGUAUGAUUUUACCAUCAAAAACAGUCAGGCUACAACAAAUGGUAUAAAAUAAAAAUCUGUUUAAGACAUA